UAAAUUGUCUAUGGUCACACCACAACGCCUGAGAAAAACAUUUAAUCCAAAACAUAAAUUGUAAUUAAUUUCGUUGUGUCCAUACAAAAUGGACAAUUUUGUAAAGACACUCAUUGAAGAAGUCAAGUCUCAGGGAGUGUUUGACGAGUUUCGCUUUAAUUGCUGCCUGGCCGAUGUGGACACAAAGCCCGCAUACCAGAAUGUACGGAAUCGUGUGGAGACCGCAGUAAAAGAGUUUCUGAGCAAACAACAUUGGACCCCCGACACAAACAAAGUGCAGCUGAGGGAAAGGCUGCGUAAGCAUUUGCUCGACUCUGAUGUACUGGAUAAGGGCGUCGAUCAUAUAGUGGAUCAGGUGGUCAACCCAAAGGUGGCCACAAUAUUUGAGCCCAAAAUUGAAAGCAUUGCUUACAAGUAUUUGGGCAUUACCCCACCACCGCCACCCACAAACCCACCGCCGCGCCCGCCGCUGCUGCCAGCGCCGCCCUUGCCACCCUACACUGGCCAUGGUCUUGGCCAUAUGAAUGGUGGCAGUCUACUUAAGGUGGAGACAACCGCUAGCCUGCUACCAACCGAUUUAGAGCAAAUUAGUCCAGAUUCUGAUCGCGCAACAGUUAAGUCGGAUGCGAGGGAUGACAGCAAGGACGAUGAUUUGCCUCCAGGUGUAGAUAUGGAUGAUAUUCUCGAUGAGGAUGAUGCCACAUCGCCUGCAUUCGAGCCGGCCAGCAGCAUUAAGGAAGACACAAACAAUGCAUCGUUAAACACAUCCGAUUCGGUUAGGGAUGUCAAGGAGCUGGCGAAUGACUCGCGAGACGCUGGCGCCUCGCAAGCCUCACAGCUAUCCCAGGUUUCUAGCGACAGUCGCCUCACCAUUGCUUCGACCGACGCACCACAGCAGUCGUCCACCAACAACAGCGUUGAGCUGACGACGAACAUUGCCGCUAGUAUGUCCGAGGAGGCGCAAAUGCCCAAGUUCAAUGAAAACUCCAAUGAUGCAAGCGACAACAGCGGGCGACAGUUGCAUUUUGAUAUCAAGCAGGAUGCGAUCACAUUCGAGGGCACUGAGCGCAGAAAUUCCUUGUCGCAAUGCUCGAAUGGUGGAGCGGCUGCUCUUUCCAUUGAGGAUGCCAUUAUGAGUGAGGUGAAAGCCAAUAUAAAUGAUGCCUGCGAUAAUCCCCUAGAGACAAUACCAAAGCCGUCGCCAGAGCCCAUUAAAACUGAGAGUAAUUUUGGUCUGUUUACGGAAUCAAAACACAAUUCGCAGCCAAUGAUACCCAAAGAAAGUACAACGCCAAUACCUCAGUUCCCUCCAUUACCGGAAGAGCCGCCAUUACCAGAAAUAAAACCAGAAUUGCCGCCAACCGAAGAUGCAAAGGCAGAAGAGGCUGAACCAGUGGCCACAACGUUACCAACUUUAUCAGAUGAGAUAAACAAAUCUGUCGAAUUGACUGCUUCGCCUGCCUCCGCUUCGUCGUCUUCGCAGACGAAGAAGCCGUCACAGUCCAGGGACAAGGACAAACGUCAGCAUUCGCACUCUCGCUCUGAUGACAAACAGCGUCGAAAGAGUCGGGAACGGGAACGUGACCAUGAUAAGUCGCGCAGCAAAACUUCUUCGAGCUCGAAGCACUCCUCGUCCCAUUCAACACAUUCAUCCAGUUCUAAGCAUCGGAGCAGCAGUUCUAAAAAUGACAAGAGCUCCACUACAAGCACAUCCAGCCGUAGCAACCAUGACUCCACCUCCUCCUCUAAGCGUUCCUCGUCGCGCCACGAAUCUUCUUCAUCCGCGCACAAGAAACACAAAUCCAGCUCAUCUGGGUCACGCUCGGAGCGCGAUCGCGCCAAGAGUCGGGACAGCAGAGAAACCCAUAACCAUAGUCAUCAUAGUCGUAGCCACAACGGCAGUGGGAGCUCAUCGUCGAGCUCAAAGCGCGAACGUGAACGAGAUCGUGAACGGGAUCGGAACAAGUCUAGCUCGAAUUCAACUUCCAAUUCCGCCUCCAAUUCCAUAGCAGCAGUGAUCCAAGAUGAUCACAACGAAGUCAAAGCAAAGCUGCUAAAGCGACAUAGCAAUGACUCAAAUGAUGAGCCACCUGGCAGUUCCAGUAAAUCCCAUUCAGACAGUGCUGUGAGUCGAACUAAGGAGAAUAGCACUGAUGCAGCCGUUCAAAAUGAAAGCAAGCCAGCGGAGAGCAGUGGAACGAACGGAACAAAUGGCACCAAUGGGACGACGAGUAACAAUGAUUCGGCUGAAUUGGUGGCGGCCAGCAAUGUAGUCAUCGUAAGUGACAUGCUGCAGCAAUCGACAGCCAGCUUCGUUGAACUGAGCGGCGGAGGUGCAGCGCAGAAGCCAGCAGAGGAAGACAAUAAAACUGAAGCAACUGAAAACGAGGCAAAGCAAGCGGCUGAGAAAUCGAUGGAAUUAGAAAAUAUAGGUCCUACAAGCAAGUCACCAGAGCCAAUUGUAGAGCCAGCUGUGGAACCAGUUGAAGAGGCCGUUGUGGAGCCAGCCACAGAACCUGUUGAAGCUUCAGCUGAGGCUGAAAUGCUACCCACUGAGACCGAAAGCGUUGAGGAAAUACCUGAAGAGGUUAGUCCACAGCCUGAAGAUGAAACGGAGGCAGUUGUUGAUGCUGUUGCUGAUCCACAAAAUGCAGAGUCCAUCAAGAAAGCCAUAAGCCUAAAAGACGAGACUGAGGUCAAAGUAACUGCCGAUAGUAUUACGCAUUUCGAGCAGGACGCUGAGGAGUUUAAGGUGCGUCUGCAGCUGAUUGAGCAACACAUCAAGGAUCGACGGCAGCUUGUCAACGUUUUGAGUGAGCUUGGGGACACGGGUUGUCCGCGUCGCAGUGUGAGCAAACGUCGUCUCAGCAGCGAGGCAUCGUCUUCCAAAGAGCAGAGCAAUUUCAGCAGCAGCAGCAGCAGCACCGCAGGCAGUCCCAAUGCCAAAGCCAAGAGGACGCGUCGCGAUGAGGCAAAGACAUCACCCACACCAUCUGAGAUUAGCGUCAAUUCCAAGGAAAACGAGGAGCACGAAAAAGGUGAUUUGUCGGGUAGACGUCUCAGCCAGAAGCUGUGCCAACAGCAGCGCUACACGAACGAUGAUCUCUACAAGCCCCGCCCAGUUUUGUCGCAACGUUCGCGGCGUCGCGGCCUAGAUUCAAUCCUCUAGCUUGUGCCUCACACGCACACAUACACACACACACACGCUAAAGAAACGCGAA